AGAGUGUGCAGAUAGGAUAAAUAAGGAAGAGAGCUUUGAAAGAAUGCUCCUGACCGAAAGGUUGCGCGCUUCGGGCCGGUCCGUAACACGCAACGCGACUUCUUCUUCCCAAUCUUCAUAUACGCGCAUCGUACGAUGCCUUUACACAGACACGUCUGUUAGUUCGCUUGCGCUUGUUGGUAGCUCGUGGUCAAGUGCGGAAUGUCUGAACAAUUCCGCAGCUGGCGGCAUUGUCGCUAUUAAGAGUGCGCGCUGGCGCAGAUCAGUUCAAGCAGCUGCGGCUCCAUCUGAUAAUGGCCCACAAAGCCAGCCUGCUUCUGACCGGCUCCAGGCAGUCAUCGAUGCCUUGGAUGAGUUAAACAGCAAAGACCCACGCACCGUGGAGGUGCCGUACGAGUUGGCCUACGCCCGCUGGCUUAGCGUCUGGGUGGAGGCGCUGUGCCGCGACGCGGGCCGGCAGCCUAGCGAGGAGCUGCGCAUUGCCGCGCGGGGGCAGCAUGUGGAGCGGUGGAGGGUGCCUCGGAACACGUACCCGGAGGGCCGCUCCGCAUACCUGCAAUGGCGCGAGGAGCUGAAGCGGCGCCACGCGGCCACCACCACCGGCCUCAUGCGGCGGCAGGGGUACGGGGAGGACAGCUGCAGGCGUGUGGAGCAGCUGAUCUUGAAGCGGGCGCUGCGGGAGGCGGAGGGGCAGAUACUGGAGGAUGCGUUGUGCCUGGUCUUCCUGGAGCGUCAGUUCGCCGACUUCCUGCCCAAACUGGCGCACGGUGGCAAUCUCACCGCACCCCCACCUGACCCCGCCUCCACCACCACCUCCUCCUCCACCUCCUCCUCCACCUCCUCCUCCUCCAGUGCUGAGCAGCAGCAGCCGCAGCAUGCGGGCAGCCAGGCUGGUAAGGCGGAGGCGGCUGCGGAGGCGGCUGGGGCGGCGGCAGGGGCGGCUGCGGCUGGUGAGGCGGAGGCGGAGUCCAAGAUGGUGGACAUCCUGCGCAAGAGCUGGGGCAAGAUGGGGCCGCUGGGGCGGGCGGCGGCGCUGCGGCUGCCGCUGGGGCCGCGGGAGGCGGAGCUGGUGGGGCGGGCGCUGGCGGGAUAGGGAGAGGAGGAAAAGGGCGCCCAAUGUGGUGAAUGAGAGGGGAAGGGAGGGGAGGAGCUGACGGGUCUUGUGACAUGUAGUGCCAACGUGGGAGCCGACCCGUCCCGCCCCACCCGAAUUGGAGCAGAGGAGGG